AUGAAGUUCAAUAAACUUCAAAUGUGGCAAACGGCAAUAGAAAGAUCAAUUCCGUUGUUUUUAAAUAAUUUUGGAAAUGGUAGAAACUUUCUUGUUUGUAUUGAGAAAGCAUCCUCCUAUUUAUUGCACGGAAACCCUUAUUAUAUUUUAAAAUUGCCAAACAUUCCAAAAAAUAUUGAAGAAAUAAUUAUUAUUCGGUGUUGGUUGGAACAACUUUUAAAGUGUGCCUUUGUAUAUGCUUUUUUUAACAUUAAUGUACUUAAUCCAGAAAUGAUCAAUAUAUUAUUCCAUAACGACAAAUCAAUUAAAUUUAACUUUCAAAAACUUUUUAUUUUUGCUAGUGACAAAACAUUUGAAAGUGUUUUAAAAUUCUCUUUAAAUCAUUUAACAAUUUCUGAAUCUCUUCAUAUCAAUUUGGAUAACGUUGACAUUAUAGAGAAAUAUACAAAAAUUUUAUACAAUAUUUUAAUAAAUGAAGGCAAUAAAUUCCCAAAAAUUUGUUUGAGAAGUUCUAAGUUAAAACAACUUUAUAAUAUUAUUAUAGAAGUAAUUUGUCUUCUAUAA